AUGAACCCGUCCUGUAGGAAGAAGGAGAAGAAGGACUUCAGCACGGCAAUCUUGGAGCGUAAGAAGAGCCCAAACCGGCUAAUUGUUGAAGAGGCUGUUAACGACGACAACUCGGUGGUGGCGCUGCACCCGAAAACAAUGGAAAAGCUGCAGCUCUUCCGUGGCGACACGGUCCUUUUGAAGGGGAAGAAAAGGAAGGACACCGUGUGCAUUGUUCUCUCCGAUGACACGGUGGACGAGAAUAAGAUUCGCAUGAACAAGGUGGUGCGCAAGAACCUUCGCGUUCGCCUUGCAGAUAUCGUCUCCAUACACCAGUGCACGGACGUCAAGUAUGGAAAGCGCAUUCACGUAUUGCCGAUCGAUGACACUAUCGAGGGUAUUACCGGCAACCUCUUCGACGCCUACCUGAAGCCCUACUUUCUGGAGGCGUACCGGCCUGUGCGCAAGGGCGAUACCUUCUUAGCUCGUGGAGGUAUGCGCAGCGUUGAGUUCAAAGUGGUGGAGACAGAUCCUGCUGAGUAUUGCAUCGUCGCACCGGACACGGAAAUCUUUUGUGAGGGCGAGCCCAUUAAGCGCGAGGACGAGGAAAAGCUUGACGAGGUUGGCUACGACGACAUUGGCGGUGUCCGAAAGCAGCUUGCGCAGAUUCGCGAACUCGUGGAGUUGCCUCUGCGCCAUCCGCAGCUCUUCAAGACGAUUGGUGUCAAGCCGCCCAAGGGUAUUUUGCUGUACGGGCCCCCUGGCAGUGGCAAGACGCUGAUUGCUCGUGCAGUUGCAAACGAGACGGGUGCAUUCUUCGUUGUGGUUAAUGGACCGGAGAUUAUGUCCAAGCUGGCUGGCGAGUCUGAGAGCAACUUGCGCAAGGUGUUCCAAGAGGCCGAGAAGAACGCGCCUUCCAUCAUCUUCAUUGAUGAGGUGGACUCGAUUGCGCCCAAGCGUGACAAGACGCAGGGCGAGGUGGAGCGCCGUAUCGUCUCGCAGCUGCUGACGCUCAUGGACGGCCUGAAGAGCCGCGCGCACGUGAUUGUCAUCGCAGCCACUAACAGGCCCAACUCCAUCGACGCUGCCCUGCGCCGCUUCGGUCGUUUUGACCGCGAGAUCGACAUCGGUGUGCCCGACGAGACUGGCCGUCUGGAGGUCCUGCGCAUCCACACAAAGAACAUGAAGCUGGACGAAGACGUGAAUCUGGAAGCCAUUGCGCGCGACACUCACGGCUACGUGGGUGCUGAUCUUGCGGCGCUGUGUACGGAAGCGGCGCUGCAGUGUAUCCGCGAGAAGAUGGACGUGAUUGACCUGGAGGACGAGCAGAUCGACGCCGAGGUGCUCAACUCCAUGGCGGUUACGCAGGACCACUUCAAGACAGCGCUAGGCAUGAGCAAUCCGUCGGCUCUGCGCGAGACGGUUGUGGAGGUACCCAACGUAUCAUGGGAUGCUAUUGGUGGCCUGGAGAACGUUAAGCGGGAACUUCAGGAGCUGAUUCAAUAUCCAGUGGAGCACCCAGAGAAGUUUGAAAAGUUUGGCAUGUCGCCUUCCAAGGGUGUGCUCUUCUAUGGGCCUCCAGGUUGCGGCAAGACCCUCCUCGCUAAGGCGAUUGCAAACGAGUGCCAGGCCAACUUCAUCUCGGUCAAGGGCCCUGAGCUGCUUACUAUGUGGUUCGGCGAGUCGGAAGCCAACGUGCGUGAAAUUUUCGACAAAGCCCGCGGCUCUGCCCCCUGCGUGCUGUUCUUCGAUGAGCUCGACUCGAUCGCGGUGCAGCGUGGGUCCAGCGCGGGUGAUGCUGGCGGAGCUGCGGACCGCGUGCUGAACCAACUGCUGACGGAGAUGGAUGGCAUGAAUUCCAAGAAGACGGUGUUCAUUAUCGGCGCCACAAACAGGCCCGACAUUAUUGACCCCGCGCUGCUCCGGCCUGGUCGUCUGGACCAGCUCAUCUACAUUCCGCUGCCAGACGAGAAGUCUCGGUUGCAGAUCUUCAAGGCUUGCCUGCGGAAGUCGCCCAUCGCCCCUGACGUGGACUUCGACACGCUUGUAAAGUUCACGCACGGCUUCUCCGGCGCCGAUAUUACGGAGAUUUGCCAGCGUGCCUGCAAGUCGGCCAUCCGUGAGGACAUUGAGAAGAACAUCGAGCGUGAGAGGCGACGAGCAGAGAACCCGGAUGCUAUGAUGGAGGACGAGCCGGACCCAGUGCCAUGCAUCACGAAAGCGCACUUUGAGGAGGCUAUGAAGUAUGCGCGUCGAUCCGUUUCCGAUGCUGACAUUCGCAAGUACCAGGCUUUCGCUCAGACGCUCCAACAGAGCCCGGAUCGGACUUCCGUUUCCCAGAUGGUCCUGGCGGGGGGGCUAGCGCGGCACCGGCUGCUGCUGCCACUGCGGCUCCAGCCUUUACCCAAAGCGCUGCUGCAGCAGACGACGACGACCUGUACAAUUAGUUCUAAGUUUUCGGUACCCUAGGCUAGAGGGUGUGCCGUGUAAAUUCGUAUGGGCUUCUGGUAUGUUGGACUUGCGUCAUCGAGCACAUCGCCAUCGUUGCGUCGACGAGUGUAGGGACGCCUAAAUUGCCCCCAAGUGCAUCGCGUAGUACAGUUUAUGGCGACGUGCUGUUUUAAAAUUUUUCCACGGAUCAUGACCAUGAGGACCUACGUGUGGUGACUAGGCGAAGCGAAUGUCCGGUUAAUGACCGGCAAGGGCUUCCGGUAUCGGAGGCAUGCUUAUGAUGCUGCUGAUGGUAAUCUAGUCAUAACUGUUUUAAGGAUUGUGAAGGCAUACGACUAACCGUGUUCCAACUUGAAGCGCGUGGGUGUCGGGACUGCGUUGGAUCCGUAUAAAUAGUUUUACGGAAAGCGUUUUUUGGGUCAUUAAUCUGCCGAUUGCUUUGAAGAGAUGUAUGCAUGUUAGGACUGUGCAGACACGCGUAGCAGAUAAGCACCGCGGGUACAAGUUGCAACGCGUUAAUGAGUGUGCAGGAAUUUUUAGCCCUAGAGGGAUUUUUUUAUGGUUGCAGGUUUGCUCGUUCGUGCUUAUUGCAAGGUUUGCAAGGGAACAGCUGAGCGGUCGAGCUACAGCCACGGUCUGGCAAAAUCCAUUCUAGUUCCACAAACAUCUGUGGACAUAACAGGCAUUGUAAAAUGCAGUAUGCCUA